GUUCGCGCGCUCGCCGCCCCCCGUAUCGCAUUUGUUUCGCGUGCGUUCCGUCGCUCGCUCGUGCGUUCGUCCGUAUUUGAACUAUAUUACACACAUUACCACCGCGCGUCACGUUCACCCCUCCACCACCGACCACAAACACCACUCCCCCCCCCACGAGCUCGCAGAAUACUACAACUUGGUAGUACUACUACUACUACUACGUUACUCGCACCGCUGUCUCCUCGUCACCGGGAGUGACCAUCAACUCAUUCGAGUAAAUAACCGAAUAUGUCAGUUACACAGUGGAACCAUCAACAACACUCCAGUGACCAGUCUAUAUUAUUGGCUAUAAGAGAGAGGAAAACUGCAAUGCCUGGCCAACAACAGGAACGCAUCAGGCUGUCGUCCAUGGGUGGGGAGUCGACUUGCAGCAACAGCAGCAGCGGGGGCAGUGGCAGCGGCAGUACGACGAUGAAAAUUCGGAGACGGGUGGUCAUGAUGGGUGCAGCUAGGGUGGGUAAGACGUCCAUCAUCAAGCAGUUCCUGUACGACCAGUUCCCAGACCGGUACAAGGAGACCAUCGAGGAAUUGCACAGAGGGGAUUAUGAAUUACCAGAUGGAGCACGAUUGACAUUAGACAUUUUGGACACAUCAGGAGCUUAUCAGUUUCCAGCUAUGCGAGAGUUAUCUAUAUCAACUGCUGAUGCAUUUCUUUUAGUCUUCUGUGUGGACAGGGAAGACACAUGGGAUCAAGUUAAGCACUUUAAAGAACAAAUAAUUGAAAGGAGAGGACCAAAAAUUCCAAUAGUCAUUGUAGGCAACAAGUGUGAACUCACUGAACGAUUUUUACCUGUGGAAAUCACCGAAGCGAUAUCUAAAUACGACUGGGAAUGUGGCUACAUGGAAUGCUCAGCCAAAGAAAAUAGAAACAUAGUACAGGUGUUUAAGGAACUCUUAGCUCAGGCAAAGGUUCAAUAUAAUUUGAGUCCAGCUGUAAGGCGCAGACGUAUGUCUCUACCAAAUUACGUGGAUAACCGUUCAGGAUCGACCAAAGGACGUUACAUGCUCAAAAGAAAUUCUUGCACGGUGGCCUAAUUCGGAAGACCUGCGAAUGAAUACACAAUUAAAAAAUAAUAAUAAUAAUCUUAUUUCGAUUAUUUUAGACGCUGGUAUGAACAAGAAAAAAGUAAAAUAUUUUAUUUUGUUCUUAUAAAUGAUUUGCAUAAUAUCAAAUUGGACACAAGGUCCAAAAAUGUUUUGAGACAUAAUAACAUGACAUAAUAUUAUAAAAAUGUUGCGUAAAAUCAGCUUUAAGAAGUUCUAGCUUUACAUUAUUGUAUAAAUGAUUUUUAUACAAUGGCUAUAUAAUGUGAUUGGUUAUAAAUGUAUAAUAGUUUAAUGUGCUAUAUUAAAAUACGACAUUAUAAUACAAUAAGUUGCCGAUUGUUACAUUCAAACAACUUAAAAAUCAUAUUUUAUUAUUAUUUUUGCUUAAAACAAACAAUGCUAAGUGUGUUAACGGUGUAUAACACCUAUUUAUUAUAUUUAAUAUCUAACUAUUGAAAUAAAAUUAAGUUUAUAAUAAUUAAUAACAUUAUGAAACCAAGUUGGCACGAUCCCAGUCCAUUACCAAGAUACAGUAUUAUUAAACGCAUACAAACAAUACAUUUCAUUGACUAACGAUACGAAAAAAAAUAUACAUAUACAUGUGAGACCACUAUACGUGCAAACUUUGGAAACUUUUACAAUAAAAUAUGUGUACAGCACAAUUUCAAAUAAAUAAUGUGAAUCGGAAUGAACGGCUAAAAUAUGAGAGGGAAACUGUAUUAAGUACUUAAUAUAAGUACCGAUAAUACACAAUAUAAUAUUAACACUAAUAUUAUCGUUUAUGCAUACUAUAUUAUAAAAAUAUUAUACAAAAAUGAAGUCAUAGAUAUAAUUAUUACUUUUUAAUAUUAUAUUUUAUAUUGAAGUCUGUGAAGAUUAGUUGUUGUCAGGCGACUAUUUACGGAUCACUAUAAUUAUUAUUUAUUACUAUCAGAUAUCGGUAUAUUUACAAUGCUCGACCAAUAAUAUUGUGAUAUGAGUACCUACUUACAAAUUCAUUUUUAGUUUAGCAUUAGUUAUAAACCAUGUUCUAUGAAUUUAUUAAAGGUUCAAUCUUUACAGUUUACAUGUUCAAUCUUUUUUAUCUAACUUAUUAUAUCUAUUAU